AGCCGUCGGAGGGAGCUGGAGCGCUUCUCCCGAGUUGGUGAUCGAUCGGCUGUGGUCCAACAUGCAGAAGUGAGUGGUGAAAAGCAACAGAGCUGAUGGGUCAUGAGGAUGUAAGUGUGUUUGAAGGCUCUCCUACCCUCUACUCCAGGAAUCAUGAAUAAACUGGAGGACAAGAAGGACCAGAUGAUACCAUGAAGAGAAGUUUACAGGCCCUCUAUUGCCAACUGUUAAGCUUCCUCCUGACCUUGGCGCUGACCGAAGCACUGGUAUUUGCUGCCCAGGAACCGUCUCCCAGGGAAUCUCUUCAGGUCCUCCCUUCAGGCACCAUGGUGACAGCACCCCUCAGCUCUACCAGACACUCCUCCGUGGCGGCUGCCCCCACCUCUGCGGUGCCACUGACCCCCCAUCCCGAUGGACGCUCCUCACAGGCUGAAGCCCCCACAGCAACGAAGACACCCCAUCCAGAUGGACGCCCUCCUACAAACGCCGUCUCCACCAUUAUGGCAACAGCAAGCACCGGCCCUGCUGAAGGCCCACUGACCACAGGGCCCCUUCCUGCUGUCACGGCAACCACAUCCUCCCACUCAGAGGGCCACCCUCCGGGGGAGGCUGGGCCCACCAUCCUGCCGACAAGGCCAACUGGAGCCACCAGCCGUCCCACCACAGCGCCUACCCGGGCUACCACACGCAGGGCCCCCAGGCCCCCCGGCUCUUCCCGAAAGGGGGCCGGGAGCUCCUCACGUCCUGUCCUGCCUGCACUCGGUGGCCACUCCGGAAGGAAGGAAGGCUGGCGGGGAAGAAAUCAGAGCUCCACGCAUCUGGGGCAGAAGAGGCCCCUGGGGAAAAUCUUCCAGAUCUACAAAGGCAAUUUCACAGGGUCUGUGGAGGCUGAGCCCUCCACCCUCACCCCCAGGAACCCAUUCUGGGGCUCCUCCUUCUCACCACAGACCCAGACAGUGGCUGCAACUGCGGCACCAAGCAGGACCUCAUGGGCACCACCCGCUACCCCCCAGGUGCCCACAGAGGACAAUCCAGGCCUUAGCAGAGCAGACCAGGGGGGUGGUCCUACCUUCACCAGCCGAGGACGGAAGCCGGAUGCCACAGCAGCCUCAGGUGCCCCUGCCAGCCCACAGCCUGCCCCAGUGCCUUCUCAGCACCCCCGUGGUGACCCCCAGGACAGUCCUAGCCCCAGUGACUCCUGGCUUACUGUCACCCCUGGAACCAACAGACCUCUGUCUGCCAGCUCCAGAGUCUUCACGGCCGCCACGGGGCCCACCCAGGCUGCCUUCAGUGCAAGUGUCUCAGCCUCUUCCAAGGGGCUUCCUCAGGGAACAUCCUCACCCCCACGGGCCCCAACCCAACCCCCCGGGGUCUCAGAAAGUACUGCUUCCCGAGCCAAGGAGGAGGCGGUGGCCACCCCCACCAUGACCGACAGGGUUCCCAGUCCUUUCUCCACGAUGGUAUCCACGGCCACCGGAAACUUCCUCAACCGCCUGGUCCCUGCGGGGACCCGGAAGCCUGGAACUGCAGGGAACAUCUCCCAUGUGGCCGAAGGGGACAAACCCCAGCACAGAGCCACCAUCUGCCUGAGCAAGAUGGACAUCGCCUGGGUGAUCCUGGCCAUCAGCGUGCCCAUCUCCUCCUGCUCUGUCUUGCUGACAGUGUGCUGCCUGAGGAGGAAGAAGAAGACAGCCAACCCGGAGAACAACCUGAGCUACUGGAACAACGCCAUCACCAUGGACUACUUCAACAAGCAUGCUGUGGAGUUACCCAGGGAGAUCCAGUCCCUCGAAACCUCCGAGGACCAGCUGUCGGAGCCCCGUUCCCCAGCCAACGGCGACUAUAGAGACACUGGGAUGGUUCUUGUUAACCCCUUCUGCCAAGAAACGCUCUUUGUGGGAAACGAUCAGGUAUCAGAGAUCUAACCAUAGCAGCCCUCGCUUUGCCGUUCCCUACCUUUCGUCUCUAAAUUAUAAAUAUACAAAUAUAUAUUAUAAAUAUAAUCUUUGUGUAGCCCUGACUUAAUGAGAAACAUUUUCAGCUUUUUUUUUCCCCUAUGAAUUGUCAACAUCUUUUUUAUAAGUGUGGUUAAAAAAAAAACAAAAACAAAAACAACUUUACAGAACAGUCCAUGGCUUUAUAAAAUAAAGGUAUUUCUAAGCAAA